AUGGUAGAUGAUUUAAAGGAAGUUUUGGAUCAAGUAGUAAAAGUGAUAAAUUACAUUAAAAGUAGUCCACUAAAGUCAAGGUUGUUUGAAAAAAUUUGUGAAGGUAUGGAUUCAGAUAACUCAAAAUUACUUUUUCACGGUGCAAUAAGAUGGUUAUCAAGAGGCCGGGUAUUAUCACGUUUUUAUGGUUUGAGUGAAGAAAUAAUUGUAUUUUUAACAAUAGAAGAAUCGGAAUACGAGUUUCUUGGAGAUGAAAAGCGGUGGACAAAAGUUUCUUUUUUAACUGAUAUUUUUGAACUUUUGAAUAAAUUAAAUACAAGCAUGCAAGGUCGUAACGAAAAUAUUCUAACAUCAUCUGACAAAAUGAUGGCUUUUAAUAAAAAAUUAACUCUGUGGAAAAGUCGACCAAAAAAAAAUUGACUAUGUUCCCACGAACUGCAGAGCGAAAUGUAGACGCCGGUCUCAUAUUGUUAAUAAGAGAAUCUAUCGUGUUAUUAAAUGACAAAAUGACAAAAUACUUUCCCGGCAUAAAUGCUGAAGACUAUGACUGGGUGCGGAAUCCAUUCGGUGUAUCAGUUAACGAGGUGAUUGGUUUGACAUUUGCCGAAGAAGACAAUCUUAUCUCACUGAAAAAUGAUCGAACAUUGAAGUUAAAAUUUAAAGAAAUGACACUUAACACAUUUUGGAUAUAUGCUCAAGCAGAAUUUCCUGAAAUAUCUAUAAAAGCAAUAACAAUUUUACUACCAUUCUCCACGUCAUAUCUAUGCGAACAAGGAUUCUCAGCAGUCACAACAAAUAAAUAA